AUUCUAUUUUCAUUUUUUCUCCGAAUAAAUAUAAUUGAUGUUUAAAAAUAUAUAAAACAUAUCCUUUCCUAUAUAAUUUAAAAAAAUAUAUGUUUUGAUAAAUUAAUAAAUCAUUUUUAUUUAAUUAAAGACAAAUUUUUAAAGAAAAAUAAUUUUUGUUACGAUGGCUAACCUGGAUUAUUUUCUGUUUACACUGGACGCUUGAUAAACUUCAAUUGAUAAAAUAAAAAUAAACAUGUUGGGAUAUUUUAAAACUAAAAUAUAAACAUAAUAUUGAUAAUCUAGGAAAGCUAAAGAUGUAAUGUUUACUAAAUAUGUAAUCAUAUGGAUGAAACUUUAAACGAACGAAUAGAUAAUUUACGUAAACGAAGUAGAUUUUUAUUAGCACAAGUAGAUAAGAAUUCUAAGAAAGUUAAAAACGAAAUUAAAAAAUUAUACUCUCAAAAUUUGAAAUGUAAAGAAGAUUGUAAAAAUCAUGUUGGCAAAAUAAAUUCAUCAAAUAUAUGUUACAAAAAAAAUAAUAAAUCAUGGAAAUUAAGAAAUGAUUCUAGUGGAGUGAAUGAAGCUUUGCAUUUAGAUUAUUUCCGUAAUACCACUAAUCAAACACUUACAUCAAUGCCCAACACAACGAAUACCUCAACAACAAAAAAAACAUUAAUAUCUUCAAAACAUCAUUCUAAUAAUCAGCAUUGUUUAGACAUUCGCAGAAAACCAGUAAAAGGAUGUUAUUGUUCUGAAUUAAAAAAAAUACAACAAAAAUCAAUAAAAACACAAAGUAAAUCAUGUACUUCUAGAAAAUGCAAAAGUCAUAUUCUUCCUGCUAUAGUAAUAGAAAACAAUUAUGAAAAGUCAACUAUAUCUUCACCUAUUAGUUGUGAAACAUUGAGAAGAGUUCAAAAGAUAGAUUAUGUACCUAAAUCUCAAUUUUUACGUAAUGUCAGAAGCAAAAUUUCUCUUCUGCAAUCAGCAGCAGGAGAUUGUCCACAGAUUUGUUCUAGAUCACAAUGUUAUCAUGAACUUAUGACCAAAAAAGAUAUAUAUAGUCCUCCAUGUAUUUGUGAAUCCAUAGAUCAAUUGAAAACAGAUAAUAAAAUUCAUGAUUUAACAAAAUCAAAAGUCAAUGAAAAAUAUUCAAGUUCUGAAACUAUAGAAAAAAGUGAUAAAGGAAUUCAAGUAUCUUUAAGAAAAGAAUCAAAGUCUCUUUCUUCAACAUCUGUACCUUGUGUACCUAAUAUAACUAUAUGUGAUAUAAAAAAAACAGAAGAUAAAAUAUCAGAAAUAAAAUGUCAAUGUCAGAAAGAAAAUUCAAAAGAUUUAAAAAAUGAUUUAGAAAAGAAGGAUAAUGCUGAUUCAGAAAAAUGUGAAACCAAGUUUGUAAAAAAAUCAUUAGAUAAAAUUGAACAGAAACAUCUUUCUGAUAAAGAAAUGAGAGAUUUAAAUAAAUUUCGUGAAAAAAAUUACUUUGACACGCACGGAUCUAAUGAUAUUUUAGUAUCAUCUAAAUCUUCUGGUUCCUUGGAACAAUAUUUUUUAAAUGAGAGAUUAUUUCCUGAACGAUCAAGAAACAUUCAUAAGAAAGAUUUGGUUGUAACAAUGCCACCUUGCGUUACUACGCAAUUAAAACGAAUACAUUAUUUCCCUAGAUAUAUCGUUCAUCAAGAAAAAAAUAAUUUUAAUACAACUUGCAAAAAGAAACGUUGUCAAACCUGUCCUUUGACUGGCCAUGCCAUAGAUCUUGGUAUUACAAAAAUAAAAGUACCUUUAAACAGUUUAGCCCUUAAGUAUCAAAAACGAUUACCUUAAUCAAAGAAACUAUUUUUUUAUUAAUAUUAAUAAAUAAAACUAAAAAGAAAUAAGUAAAAGAAAAUCUUAAUAACUUAAUUAUAUCUUUUUUUUUAAUAUCAAUACAGAAUUCUAGAAAAUCCAUUCCAUUUACUUUAUUCUAAAUCUUUAAUUUUGUAUAUAUUUUUGAAUAUAAAUUGUAAUAAUUAAAUCAACCUCACAUAUUUUUACUCAAAACAUACCAAGUUGUGAUUGAGAUUAUUAAUCACGUAAUUAUUGAGAUUAUUAAUGUCUUGUAGAAUGUAUUUUACAGUUAAGUUUUAUGUAAAACUCUUGAUACGUGACAUUUAAUAACAUGAUUUAAACAAAUAUUUGGAAUUGUUGUAUGCUUUUUAUUUUCAUAAAAAAAAAAAAAUAAAUAUGAUAUAUGAUAUGAUAUAUCAUAUAUUUUAUUAUCUUAUAUAUACACAUUGUAUUAUUUUAUAUACACAAAUAGAAAUCAUUAUUUUUUUCGUUAGAUCCGAUGAUUCCUGCAAUCUUAAUAAGUCGACAAUCUAUAAUGAAUUCAAAUUCGUCAAAUGAAAAUAUCUUUUGAAUAAAAGAUAUGAAAUUGUGAUGUAAUUUUGAAUACUAUUAAACAAAUUAAGCAACAUUAUUUGAUAGAUUUUUUUCUUUGAUAUAGAACGAUGAUAUAGAAAAUAUUAUUGUACAAUGUUUAUCAUCAAUUUUUAUAAAUAUUUAUUUGUAAUAUUAUUAUGACUUUUUAUAUAAUUAUUUUAAAUAUAUUAUAUUAUUUGUAUGAUUUAUAUAUAACAUAUUAAUAAUCGAUGUAAAAAUAAAUUUUUUUAUUAAAUUGAGAUGGAAUAAAAAAAAAUAUGAAACUAUAAAUAAAUUUGGUAAAGUAUACAUAA